AUGGCACCUGUUCAAGAUACAUCAAAAGAUAGUACCACUCAAUCAAAUCAACAACCAAAUAAAGAUGUAUCUACAAUCAAAAAACCAAUAGAGAAAGAAGAGGAACUUAGUGAAGAAGAUCAACAAUUAAAAGAUGAAUUAGAAUUAUUAGUUGAAAGACUAAAUGAAACAAAUCACGAUGAAAAACAAUACGAUGGAUAUUUAGAAUCAUUAAAAAAAUUUAUUCAAGAAUCCACAACGUCAAUGACUGCAGUUCCAAAACCUUUGAAAUUUUUAAGGCCAAGUUAUCCAUCAUUAACAGAAUUAUAUGAACAAUGGACUGAAAAAUUUGGUAAAAGUAAUCAAAUUGUUGCAAAAUUAGCGGAUAUUUUAUCUGUUUUAGCAAUGACUUAUUCAAAUGAAGGUAAAAAAGAAUCAUUAAAAUAUAGAAUAUUGUCAAAUGAUGAUACUAUUGCAGAUUGGGGUCAUGAGUAUUUACGUCAUUUAGCAUUAGAAAUAGGAGAAUCAUAUCAAGAAAACUUAGGAGUUGAUGAAGAAUUAAUAUCAAAAUUGACUAAAUUAGCAUUAAAGAUAGUUCCAUUCUUUUUAAAUCAUUAUGCUGAAGCUGAUGCUGUUGAUUUAUUAUUAGAAAUAGAAUCAAUUGAUAAAUUACCGGAAUUUGUUGAUGAUAGUACAUAUGCAAGAGCUUGUCUUUAUGUUACAAGUGUUGUUCCAUAUUUAGCACCACCAGAUGAUAUUUCAUUUUUAAAUACUGCAUUUGCCAUAUAUUUAGCUCAUGGCCAAUUAACGCAAGCAUUAACUAUAGCCAUCAAAUUAGAUGAUGAUGAAUUAAUACAGCAAGUUUUUGACUCUACUAAAGAUGACUUAGUACAUAAACAAUUAGGUUUCAUCUUAUCACAACAAAAUAGUAGCUUCAAAUUACCUGAAGAUAAUCAAGAAGUUCAAGAAACAAUAAGUAAUACAAAAUUGGCAGAAUAUUUCCAACAUCUUAUAAAAGAGUUAAACUUAUUAGAACCGAAAGUACCAGAAGACAUUUAUAAAUCACAUUUAGAAAAUUCAAAAUUUGGUUUAGGUACAUCAGGUUCAAUAGAUUCUGCUAAACAAAAUCUUGCAGCAGCAUUUGUAAAUUCUUUCAUCAAUCUUGGAUUUGGUAAAGAUAAAUUAGUGCAAACAGAAGAGGAUAAUAAGUCAUGGAUAUAUAGAACAAAAGGAAAAGGUAUGGUUUCAACUACAGCUUCUUUAGGUUCACUUCAUCAAUGGAAUGUGAAUGAAGGUUUACAAGUUUUAGAUAAAUAUACAUAUUCCGAUGAUCCAGAAGUCAAAGCUGGUGCUUUAUUAGGUACAGGUAUAGUGUCUGCUAAUGUUCAUGAUGAUGUUGAUGCCGCUCUUGCUUUAUUACAAGAAUAUGUUCAUGAUUCAAAUAAAUUAUAUCGAACUUCCGCUAUUAAUGGUUUGGGUAUAGCAUUUGCUGGAUCAGCCAAUGAAGAAGUGUUGAACUUAUUAUUACCUUUAGUAUCUGAUUUAGAUGCUCCAUUAGAAGUAUCAUGUUUAGCAGCUUUAGCUUUAGGUCAUACUUUCGUUGGAACAUGUCAUGGAGAUAUUACCUCAACUAUUUUACAAACUUUAUUAGAAAGAGAUUUUACACAAUUGACCAAUAAAUUUAUAAAGUUUAUGGCAUUAGGUUUGGGUUUAUUAUACAUGGGUAAAACUGAACAAGUUGAAGAUGUUUUAGAAACUAUUGAUGCUAUCGAACAUCCAAUAAGUAAAACUUUGAAAGUUUUGGUAAAUAUAUGUGCAUAUGCAGGUACGGGUAAUGUGUUACAAAUUCAAGCUUUAUUGCAAAUGUGUACAGGUAAACCAAAGAGUCAAUUGGAUGAAGAAAAGAAAUUAGAACAAUCAGAAGAAGAUCAACAAAAGGCUGAAGGAGUUAAACCAGAAGCUGAUGGGGACGUAGAAAUGGAAGAUGCAGAAGAACAACCGGAGAGUAAGAAAGAAGACGCUGAAGCAUCGUCGUCAUCAAAAUCAGAAAAGAAAGAAACUGAAGAAGAAGAAGAAGACGAUGAUAGUGAUGAAGUUGAAGAAGAUGAAGAAUUAUAUCAAGGUAUUGCGGUUCUUGGAUUAGCAUGUAUUGCAAUGGGUGAAGAUAUUGGUCAAGAUAUGUCAUUACGUCAUUUCAGUCAUUUGAUGCAUUAUGGAAACUCAUUAAUACGUAGAGCUGUUCCUUUAGCCAUGGGAUUAGUAUCAGUCUCUAAUCCACAAAUGAAAGUAUUUGAAACAUUAUCAAGAUAUUCACAUGAUCCAGAUUUAGAAGUUGCUCAAAAUGCUAUAUAUUCUAUGGGUUUAGUUGGUGCUGGUACAAAUAAUGCAAGAUUAGCUCAGUUACUAAGACAAUUAGCUUCAUACUAUAUAAAAUCUCCAGAAUCAUUAUUCAUGGUGAGAAUUGCUCAAGGUAUAUUACACUUAGGUAAAGGAACAUUAACAUUAUCCCCAUACAAUUUAGAAAGAACUGUUUUAUCAAAUACAUCAUUAGCUUCAUUAUUAACAAUUGCAAUUGCUUUGUUAGAUCCAAGAGCAUUUAUAUUGAAUGAUUCUACUACUGAAACCACUCAUGAAUUAUUAUAUUAUUUAACACCAGCAGUUAAACCAAGGAUGUUAAUUACAGUUGAUGAAAACUUAGAACCAUUGAAAGUAAAUGUAAGAGUUGGUCAAGCAGUUGAUGUUGUUGGUCAAGCAGGUAAACCCAAAACAAUCACAGGUUGGGUCACACAAUCAACCCCGGUGCUAUUAAAUUAUGGUGAACGUGCAGAAUUGGAAAAUACAGAAGAGUGGAUAAGUUUAAGUAAUUCAUUAGAAGGUAUUGUAAUAUUGAAGAAAAAUCCAGAAUUUAUGGAGGUAGAUACAUAG